UGUUGCCAGGAGACGGCGGAAGUGUUUGACUGCUUCCACGAUGGAGAAAUAUGAGAAAAUCAAAGUUGUUGGCAGAGGAGCAUUUGGGAUUGUCCACCUGUGUCGCCGACGCAGUGAUGGCGCCUUGGUCAUCUUGAAGGAGAUCCCGGUGGAGCAGAUGUCCCGGGACGAGCGCCUGGCCGCUCAGAACGAGUGUCAGGUGCUGAAACUGCUCAACCACCCAAAUAUCAUCGAGUACUAUGAGAACUUCCUGGAAGACAAGGCUCUCAUGAUCGCUAUGGAGUAUGCACCAGGUGGAACCUUGGCUGACUAUAUACAGAAGCGCUGUAACUCCCUGCUGGAUGAAGACACCAUCCUUCACUUCUUUGUGCAGAUCUUGUUGGCCCUGUAUCACGUGCACAACAAACUCAUCUUGCACAGGGACCUCAAGACGCAGAAUAUUCUCCUCGACAAGCACCAGAUGAUUGUCAAAAUCGGUGACUUUGGAAUCUCCAAGAUUCUUGUCAGCAAAAGCAAAGCGUACACUGUGGUUGGGACACCAUGUUACAUUUCACCAGAGCUGUGUGAGGGAAAGCCGUAUAACCAGAAGAGUGACAUCUGGGCUCUGGGUUGUGUGCUCUAUGAGCUGGCGAGCCUCAAGAGAGCCUUUGAGGCGGCUAAUCUCCCAGCCCUGGUUCUGAAGAUCAUGAGUGGCACCUUCGCUCCAAUAUCCGACCGCUACAGCCCGGAACUUCGUCAGCUCAUCCUCAACAUGCUCAACCUGGAUCCCUCCAAACGGCCUCAGCUCAAUGAAAUCAUGGCUCUGCCCGUCUGCAUCGGACCGCUGCUCAAUCUCUACACGGACAUCGGAAGCGUCAAGAUGCGCAGGAUCGAGAAACCACUAUCCACUGUGCAGACUGGUCCACAAGGCAGAGCAGGAGGACGAGUACCGACCAACAGAUCCAGAGGUGCAUUCCCUCCGCCGUCUUCCGUGUACACGUGGGGCAGCGGCAUUUCCGGCCCGCUGCGUCUGCCCAUGCUCAACACUGAGGUGCUCCAGGUGUCGCUGGGCCGCACUCAGAAGAUGGGGGUGACCAAGUCGGGCCGUCUGAUCACUUGGGAGGCUCCCUCGGUGGGAUCUGCCGAGCUCAGUCUGCCCGGAGCAGUGGAGCAGGUGCAGCCUCAGUUCAUCUCACGCUUCCUGGAGGGUCAGUCUGGAGUCACCAUCAAGCUGGUAGCCUGUGGCGAUCUCUUCACCACCUGCAUGACAGACAGGGGCAUCAUCAUGACCUUUGGGAGCGGAAGUAAUGGCUGCUUGGGACAUGGGAACUUCAAUGAUGUUACGCAGCCCAAGAUAGUGGAGGCGCUCCUUGGCUACGAACUGGUCCAGGUGUCCUGUGGCGCUUCCCACGUGCUGGCCAUGACCAAUGAGAGAGAAGUAUUCGCCUGGGGAAGAGGAGACAAUGGCCGCCUCGGGCUGGGCACCCAAGACAGCCAUAACUGUCCCCAGCAGGUGUGUUUACCUGCGGGAUUUGAAGCCCAGAGGGUGGUGUGCGGUGUGGACUGCUCCAUGAUUAUCAGCACUCAGAGCAGCAUCAUGGCAUGUGGAAGCAACAGGUGCAACAAGCUGGGUCUAGACAAGAUAAGCGCCGGUGAGGAACCAAGUCCCUCCAAUCAGGUGGAGGAGGUCCACUCUUUUACUCACGUCCAAUCAGCUCCUCUCAACCGAGAGAAGAUUGCGUGCAUCGACAUUGGUACGGCACACUCUGUCGCCGUUACAGAGAGCGGCCUGUGCAUUACCUUUGGCAGCAACCAGCACGGUCAGAUGGGCUGUAGUUCUCGCCGGGGCAGCCGUGUGCCCUACCUGCUACCCAGCCUGCAGAAUAUUACUAUGGCUGCUUGUGGAGAUGCUUUCACUCUGGCCAUCAGAUCUGAUGGCGAGGUGUACACCUGGGGAAAGGGCGCCCGCGGACGCCUCGGAAGAAAAGAGGAGGACACGGGCAUACCCAAGGCGGUGCAGCUCGACGAGAGCCACGCGUUCACGGUGACAUCGGUGGCUUGUUGUCAUGGCAACAGCCUGCUGGCACUUUGCUGGAUGAAGCAGUCCCGAGAUGACCCCAACAGCCAACCCAAAGGACCCAGAUGAUGCCAGUUGAAAGAGUCCCUUACAGACUAAAACACGAUGCCGCUCUUGAACAAAACUAUUAGGACGUCAGGAGUCAGCAGGCUUACCAUAUUCAUUGGCUUUUAUCCUGAAGUGGGUUUCAUGGCCCUCUUCUACACCAAACUCAACCAAGCAUAUAUUUAUGGCCAUUGCUUUGUUCUUUGUGGACUGGGAAAGAAAAGGGUCUUCCCCAAACUGUUCCCACAAAGAUAGAAGCAUAGGAGUGUCCAAAAUAUUUCAGAUUUACAGGGAACUUGUGGUCUUGCGCGAGUAGGAGAUGUCCGGUGGGACCAUCGUGGUCGUCUACAGCCAUGCAUUUUUAGUUGAUUAGGAGGCUUGUGUUAGUUUUUGUAUACAUACAGCGUAGGUUCUAACCUGAGUGUCGCAACAGGCGUGCUGCUCCACACAGUGUCAUGGCAGGAAGUCAUUGGUCCGCUGUCACACGGUGAGGCCAUUGUCCUCCCUCACGUGCACGAUGAACCACGAAAAGGCCAGCAAACUGGGUUUGAGGCCCUCUUAAGCCAGCCGGCGAGUGAAUGAGACGUUACAAACGAGCACACGAGCCCCUAAAGAAAGAAAGACAAGAAGGAAAGAAAAGCCACUUGAGUGUUUAGCAAGUCAUCAGUCAAAUGACCCAAACUCAAUGGGACGUUGAUCCCGUCCACAGUGGUCACAUUAUGCUUUAUUGGAUUAGUCCUCCACUGCACUUGUGUGUCAAACCAGAUAACGACGUGCUGUCAAGCGUUCAAGACUUUAUGGUGACAAAGGGACUCAUACUUAACACUGUUGUUUCUGCCGUAAAAAAUAUAUAUUUGAACUAUAGUAUUACAUAUUUUGUAAACAAAACACUGCAAGGCUUAAUAUUUCUGUGGACUUUGUUGGAGAAGCAUACAAACAGGUAGGAUUGUGAUGUGACGCUAGUUGGGGGCGUUCUAAUGUGGAUUAACGUGAGCGUUUUGAGCUAAAGCGUAAUUAUGAAAAAAAUAUGUGCCUCCACAUUGUGUAAUGUGCCUUAUUAACUGUUUAUUAUUACUAUGAGUACAUUUAGUAAAACCGCUCAGUGUAUUGUGUGUUGUUGCAAGUGAGCACUUUUAAAAAAAAAACUUUAAUUACGUUUUCUGAACCAUUUUAGCUGUUUUAAUACCCUUUUUCUCCCAUGUGGCUCUAUUACCAUUGUUUCCUCCAGUGAUGAUGUAAUGGUGAUGUAAUGCCGUUGCAAUACAGCAGGUGAAAACUGAGCUGUGUGUCAGGUGUGUGUUUGUGUGUGUAAGAGGUGUGUGUGUGUACUUGUGUACCCAUAUCAUACAAAAGGUAAAAGGUAUGUUCACGGGUAGGAAAAUAUGUAUUAUUUAUUGUUGCUUUAAUUUAAAAAUAAGCUUUAUUUAUGUCUUUGUUUGUGAAGUCCACCACUAGAGGGCGCAGCUCACCACUGGCAGCAUGGGAACUUCACUGGGAUAUGAGGAGGAGAGCCACCACCUCGAACACCAGGCGGACGUGAUAUGAACCCUUUAUCGGCUUGAAGUGUGCACUGCAAAGGGCGACAACCACAGCGAAGGCUGCAGGAUCUACAAGGACAAAGACACACAGACGGAGGUAGAGAGACAGACA